GGCAGUGUCGUAGUUUCCGUGUUGUCCCGUCUUUUGACAAGCCAAUCCUCCUGUUUUUCCGCGUUUUCAGUGGUGUGAACACGUAACGCUAUUUUGUCAUGAGCCAAACAAAACCCGAGUGGUCGUCGGUUAGUGGCUCGUUGACCGCUCACCGGACAACAUGAACCGGGCGCUUAGAAAGUCUCAGUCUCUGCGGUGCUGCUCGGUCCUCGAGGUGAAAAGUAAAUAUGGUGCAGAAUUCCGGAGGUUUUCCCUGGACCGCUGUGAGCCUGGCAGGUAUAAAGACUUCCACAGGCUCAUUGUGCGUUUACAUCACUUAUGGCAAAUGGAUGUCCUUAUCGGAUAUGCGGAUGUCCAAGGAGAGCUGCUGCCCAUCAAUAAUGAUGACAACUUUUGCAAGGCUGUGACCUCCACACAAUCUUUACUGCGUAUCUUCAUUCAGCUUCAAGAGGAGGCUGACCAGUUUAUCACAGCUGCUGAAGAUACAACAAAACGAAAGAAAUCUGUCAGCCAGAGAAAAACACCAUUCCAGAUCAGCAUGCCACUGAACUUCCGCCCUGUUUCGUCUAUCAUUGACGUGGACAUCAUACCAGAAUGCCACCGAAGGGUGCGUCUGUAUCGCCAGGGCUCGGACAGACCUCUGGGGUUUUACAUUCGUGAUGGUACCACUGUCAGGGUUACUCCAUACGGUUUGGAAAAGGUUCCGGGCAUCUUUAUCUCCCGCAUAGUUCCCGGAGGACUGGCGGCUUGCACGGGACUGCUGGCUAUUAAUGACCAGGUCCUGGAAGUGAAUGGUAUUGAUGUUACGCAGAAGUCUUUGGAUCAGGUAACUGACAUGAUGAUCGCAAACAGCCACAACCUCAUCAUCACAGUGAAACCUGCAAACCAGCAUAACAACAUAAGGCAAAAAAGCUGCAGUUCCUCAAGCUCGGGACACUAUUUUGAGAGCACGCACUCCGUAAGCUAUCCAGGGCUACCUUUGUUAAUGAAAGCUUAUGGUUUAGGUAAUGGCUCUGAAAGCGAAGAGGAUGCAGAUGUGUUUGUGGAGAGCCCCAUCAAACACCUGUCCCGACAUCCGGGUUCUUCAGCGUCCUCUCAUUCUUCUCAGCCAUAUGUUAAUACUUGCUACAGGCCCAAUGUUUCUGCCAGACGGGCCAACUCGCUCAUUUCGGCUGCAGCCUAUCACUCUCAGCCUUGUCUUGCUCAUACACCUCACACUGACCACAGCGUCCCUCAUCACGGGCAUCGGACCUCCCAACAGCAUUUCGGCUGUAAUCCAGCCAUCAGACAGGAAAGCUCCAGUACCCAUGACAUUCUAAACACGUGGCACGUAGAUCUGAGUCGCCAUUUACUGUUGCCCCAGGGGGCAAUGGAGGAAGAUGGAAUUGUUGUUAUUUUGUAAAAGAUAAACCGAAAAUGCACCACCCAACUCUGAACUAUAAUUUAUAAAUUACUCGAUAAUAUAAUUACUUGCAUGUCAGGUUUUUACUGAUAAUUUUAUGAUUACUGUGGAUACUGCAUGUGAAGAAAUUUUUUUUUUGUUAUCCAUCAUAGAAAUACUUUCUGAAAAGCCUUAGAUCAUUAAUCCAAAAUACAAAUUCUGUCAACAUUCAAUCACCCUCAUAUGACCCCCAAAUCUGUAUGUUUGUUUUAUUUGGAACAAAAAUGAAGACAUUUUGAAAAAUGUUAUUAAUCAAACCUUUGGUAUCAAUGGUGACUGUUGACUGUAAUUGUAUGGUAAAAGUCUGAAGUUUGGAAUUACACGAGGCUGAAUAAUUAAGGCAAUUUUUUAACUUUUGGGUGAGCUAUGCAUUUAAUAAAAUUAAUUGGAAAAUACAACACUUUUACAUUUAAUUAAAUGCACUUCUACUCAAAUACUUUGUGUAUAACAAAUAUAACUGAAAACCCCAAUAAAUUUAGGUUAAUAUAUAUGUGUUAAACUAACAUUGUUGAAUCUCUUUCAGUUAAUUAGCACAUGAAUCAGUGAUUCAUGAAUUGGUGCUUAGUGUUGUUUUCUACCAGAUCUGUCUCAUAUGUUUUCUUACAAAAAAGUAAUUAUAUUAGAAAAUUCCUAUUACACACAACACAUUUCUAUCAUUUAUUAUGUAGUCCAGCACAGUUUGCUUAAUCAAACAUCUAUUUUGACCAAUUAAAGUUGACUGCACAAAAUGAAAUGAAGUCUGUUCAAGAAUUGUGUUGUAUUAGCUCAAUCAAGGAAAUUUUCUGAAUGCAUUUCAAAAUUUGCAUUACAGCAUGAUUGCACUUGUAAUUUGUGUGUAAUUGCAUUCUUAUCCAAACAUAAAAUUAGUAUAAUUAAGUAUUUUUUAAUACAGAUGCUUGUUGUAAUUUAUUGGAUUUCUUUGCUCUUUGUUCUUAAAGGAACACUCCGCGUAUUGAAAAUAGGGUCAUUUUCCAAUUCCCCUGUUAAA